AUGGGGGUCGAGUGGCCACGGAGAUCGGCCAAGGUCUGGUUCAUGGACGCACUGAAGCAAGUGCUCGUCUGCGGCCAUGAUUCACGUGAUGAACAUUGUGCUCGCUCAUUAGUCUUGUGGUUUCUUCCGAUACACCGAGUGAUCAGGACCAGUGUGCGUUUUACUUUAUGA